GAAAAAUGUCAGAAGAAGCAGAUAAUAGUUAUAUGGCCAUGUUAAACAACCCAGUGAUUAAUCCUGGACCAGCUGAAAUUAAACCUUUAGAGAAACCUAAAGUGAAUAGCCGAUUGAAGCCUAGUUCGGGUCCGAUGGUACAAGAAGCCAAGACGAGAUUGACCAGUAUAAGCAAGGACGUGUAUCUUUCAUCGGAGUCAGACGAACCUUUCGAAUGGAUUAAUACCACUACGGAAAAGAAGGAGUUACCAAAGACAGUUGAUGAGCUGAUAGGGCUUGGUUUGGUGGAUGAAGAAGAAGAAGGGAGCCAGGUACGGUUCAAGACACUGGAAGAGUUUUUAAAAGGGGAAGAAUAUAAAGAGAUCUUGAGUGCUUUUAAAGAGCUAGGAGGUGGUCAAGUUUAUCUGGUAGGAGAAGAAUCGAUUACGGUGUUGAUUUUAAGCCUUGUUCAGGAGAAUGCGAUUGUGGGAUUAAAAAGCUUGUUAGUGCAAACAUAAGCGGGUUACGCGUUUUUUUACCAGUGAUCAUAAAUAAUAAAGAGUGUCAUGUGAUGUAUGCAAUACGAUUGGUUCAAAAAA